AUGCGUCCCGUUCCGUCGUCGGCAGGCUCUGCCCUGCGCACUUGGACCCGACACAGCCUGCCUACCAGCUCCUCCUCAGCUUCCUCACCAUCCUCCCGGCUCGCCAUCACAGCUUCAAACAUCCCCCAGCGACGACUGGAAUCCUCCGGAGCGCCAGGGAGCAGCAGCUUCCAGAGCCCUUUCACGACGCCCAAGUAUGAUACGCGCAAGAUCCCCAGCUUCAAAACGUAUGAGUCCAAAAACUCCGAGGUCACGAAUCGAGUCUUCCAGUAUUUCAUGGCCGGAUCAAUGGGAUUGUUGGCAGCUGCCGGAGCAAAAAAUACCGUCCAAGACUUCCUAGAAAACAUGUCCGCCUCUGCCGACGUGCUGGCCCAAGCGAAAGUGGAAAUUGACCUGGCCUCCAUCCCCGAGGGGAAGAACGUCAUCAUCAAAUGGAGAGGAAAGCCUGUCUUCAUCCGUCAUCGCACCGAAGACGAGAUCAAGGAGGCCGAAUCUGUUGAUCUCUCAAUUCUCCGUGACCCCGAAAAAGAUUCUGACCGCGUCAAGAAGCCCGAGUGGCUGGUCAUGUUGGGCGUCUGCACACACUUGGGGUGCGUCCCCAUCGGCGAAGCUGGUGAUUUUGGCGGUUGGUUCUGUCCCUGCCACGGCUCGCAUUAUGAUAUUUCGGGACGAGUGAGGAAGGGACCCGCGCCACUGAACUUGGAGGUUCCCGAAUAUGAUUUCCCAGAAGAGGACAAAUUGGUCAUCGGUUAG